GUUCGAGGGAGACGCGUCCGUCUUCCGCGUUGCGUACACGCACCAGCCGCACGGCACGUUGUGUGACGUUUCUCGUUCUCGCUCUCUCGUGCCCGUAGGAUAUUACUCGGAGACAAUAGUCGAGACCUGUGUCCGUAUACACGACGUCUGUACACACCUCACCCCACACACACGCACACAUACACACACACGUACACCACGCACGCACACACACAUAUACAUACAUACACAGACACGCACAGAUCGCAUACGGAGACGUGGCGGGAAGUCGGUGCUCCGAAACGACCUUGCGUACGGCGAAGCGCAAGGUCAUCGGACGAAAACAGAGCACGCGUUCGUUUACAUACACACGUACACGGAUAUCUGUGCGGUACAACGUAUCGUCCGCGCGGCGAAAAGAUAGAUACACGGGGGAGGGAGGGAGAGAAAGCGAAGAAAAAGCUCUCGCGUCUCUCUGGGCCGCUACUCGCCGGCUUUCCACGGCCACGAAUCGAUACCACGCGACCGUCGUCGUCGUCGUCGUCGUCGUCGCCGUCGCCGCCGUCGUCGUUAUCGUCGUCGUCGUCGUCGUCGUCGUCGUCGUCGUCGUCGCUGUCGUCGUCUGUGCCUCUCUCUCUCUCUCUCCCUCUCUCGAGCGCACGAGCCUUAUUUCGCUCCACGACUUGUUCCUCGUCGCCGUGCCUCUCGUCUCGUGCCCGUCGGCCAGCCCGCAGGGCCGCCCGGGAGAAGGCAGGACCGCGCGCGCUUCUUCCGCAAGGACCGCGGGAAAACGCGCGCGCCCGCGAGGACGACGCUCGAUGACAGGUGUAUCUCGGAGUGAAGCCUCGGUGUGCGCGACGUGGCCCGGAGCAGCCCUGCGACAGGGAAUGUUGACGACGGUGGCCGUCCGUUUGUUCCGUGAGCUGCCGUGAAAACACGUCGGAGAGGACGUCUCGAUGCUCCCGCAAUCCCCUCGGGCGGGACAGUGAUCUCGCGCGCGCGCGCGCGCGACGACGACGAUCCGCGACACGCCGGGCCACGCACGACCGGCUCCGCUGUGAAAACUGUACAGUGAACCGGUACAGAGUGACACGUGACUCAGUCUGUUCUCCGCAAUUGUCUCACGCGUGUGUUCUGUGGCGGACGAACUGGCAGGUGGCCGACGUGUGAUCGACGACCGUCUAUCAGCGAGAACAUCUACGAGGACCGCAGUUCAGCCUGGUAUUCGUCGUAAGAUGUAGUGAAGCCAGUCGGAAGGAGGUUACGUCCGGCGAAUCGAAUUCACGGUGCAAAUUGGUGCGUUGGGAAGCAGGGAGGCUGUGAUGAAGGAAGUCGGCUAAAAAGGAGCCCCGCGUCGCGCAAGCGUCGGUAGGAGUAUAGGAAAGAUGCCGCUUUCCUCGAGAGUCUUAUUAAGCCCGCUGCUGCUUCUAAUCAUCGCAGGAAGCACCGGCGUCUUCAGCUUCAAGCAAGGAGAAUGCUUGUUCCCACUGAGUUGGCAAGGCGCGUGGUUCCAAAGUGGCGUGAGGCAGCCGGUAACGAUAUCCAAGGACGAGUUAUCCAACAAGGGCAAGUGCUUGUACAACGAAGCCGACAAGUUCGUUUUAGUAGAUCAGAGGUCAUGCUACCGCUGCAUCGUCAUUCACGAGAAGCACGCCAACGUUCUCCAGUACAAAGAGACUUUUUGCCACGAUAGAACCACUCUGGAUUUUAUCUGCUCGUAUAUUACGGGGGAUGCAAUGCUGUACUCAUUGUUCCGCGAGGACGCACCGACGGUGACGUGUCCCUUUCGCGGACCCAUGACCUUCUCGUACAAUCGGGGCCACGGUAUGUGCUCGAACCCGCCGAGCAGCAUCGACAUCUGCACGGACGAUAGCAAGCUCAUCUUCAAGUACCAGGCCUGCCCGGACGUAUACGCCUCGGAGAGCUCAGAGGAGGAGUUGGAAUGUCUGGCCACCUGGAAGGAGGGCAGCAGCCGUUACCUGGUCGGCCGUCUGCAUCACGGCCACUCGUCCAGCAACGAGGAUCGAUUCCGAUGCUUCGUUUACGAGAGGGCCAGCCAGGCGAUGCAGGGUAACCUGAACAGAGCCGAGGUAGACGUGGACGCUAUAGAUCACGACGUCGACCUGCUGGACGGACCGGUGCUCGAGGGCGAGGUAUACCGGCUGGCGCAAAGCGGCGACGCGACGUGCAACGGUCUGUUCAGUCCGAUGGAGGGCUCGCGCACGAUGAUGCUGAAGAAGGCCACUUCGCCGGGUGAGUGCCGAUUCCCCAACUGGCUGACCGGACACUCCAGUGGCGGGCUGACCUGGCACACUCUGGAUUUGGCGAGGUCCUACACGUUUCAUACGCGCAACGCGUCCCUGCACAUCACGAGAUUGAACGCGACUUCGUCGAGGCUCGAGAGUCCCAUGGACAUUGCCGGGCAAGAGGAUCAGGACGUGAAGAUCCUGUGCAACAUCAUAAAGCAGUCGAACGGCGCGCAGACCAUGACGAUGGCGAUGCUCGUGGUACACUUCACCGUCGGCUGUCGGAGCGGUUUUAUGUGCAUGACAUUCUACCGAAGAGACGGCCACGUGAUCGAGGUGCAAACGGGAAAUGCGGUAUCUAAACCGGAAGAAGCAUGCAGCCCGCGCUAUUUUCAGCAGCGCAGUAUACCCUUCCUCACCCUAGUCACAAGUUCCCCGGAGCCACGUAACUGCCCCUACCUGGGCAAAUUCACGGUGACGGAGGUGUAUCAGAGUCAACGAAACACGCGCGAGAGCCGCAAGGGCCAGCAGCAUCAAGAGCCACCGUUGGCGGCGCAUCACGACGGCGAGAAGGUGCGUCACGCUCAAGAGAGGAACGAAGACCGGCGAGGUCGGAAGCUGGAUUACGAGGUGGAGAAACGACGGGCCAACAACGAGUACCUAGUCCACGAGAGGAUGGGUCGGCGAGCGCGCUCGAAUCACGGCAGCAACCGCGGCCACAAGGAUUACAACGUUCUACCGGCGGAAGAGGUGUCGUCGUGGCGGUCCUCGGAGCUGGAGGACCUGCUGAGAGAGCGUUCCUCGCGAUCGAAGGUCAGGAGGUCGGGCGGCGACCUGGAGAGCUCGCGGUCCAAGACGAUUAGCUUGCGUCGCGUCAUCGAGCACCUCGAGAAACGCGACACGAGGUACGCGGAGGAUCUCGAGGGCGAAGCCGGAGAGAUCAAAGAGGACGCGACGGUGAGCAAGAAAAAGACGAGAACAACGCCAAAAUACAUCGAGGUGGAUUACAGAGAGACGAUGAACAGAUCGAGGAGAUAUCCGAAAGUCGAGGAUUUUCAACCGGACGCGGAUGGACAGUCGUUCUGGCCCGCCGAUAUCGACGAUUCGUGGACCAGCAGCACGCUGCAGGUGCCUGACGAUUAUUUCGGAGAUUAUCUGGAGGCCGGUGAGAGCCUGCCGCGUAAGAGAUCGGCAGAGAGUCCGGCUAACAAAGGUAUGACCUAUAAGGAUCUUGUGAGGAUGAAGAGGGAGCUCGAGGAGCAUGAAAAGGACGACGACACCAUGGAAAGGCGAGAGAAGAGGGACGAGGUUGACUUGAGGUGCGACUCCGAGGUGACGACCUUAACCGUGGGCUGCUCUACGGCAGACAGGAUGGAGUUUCAAAGUGACUGCGUCGGCGAGAACGCGGCUAUCACCGCCUACUCCUGCCACGGUAGAUGGUUCGACGCUGAGGGCACGCAGUUCGUGAUCGCCACCCCGUUGGUGCGCAGAACGGCGUGGUCGAGCGAGAACAACAGGCCGCAGCCCUACAGGAACAGCCGUAGACUGUGCUUCAUGUACAAAGAGAGCGGCGGAGUUGUCAGUUUGACUGCCAGCCCCGUGGCUUGUCAGAGAGGCAUCCCGCCACCCCCGCCGUUGUUGGCCUUCAACGCUACCAGCACCGGUCAAUGCAUGAAAGCGAAAGGCGGGCGGAUCGGCCGACCGACGUACCUGACGAUCGUCCUGCUGACGGCGGUCGCUGCGAUAUUUAGGUGAUUCUAAUCGAAAGCAUGACCUACUCAAAAUCAGCCAAGGACGUGACUCAACAGCGGUGUCGGACACUCACGAGGGAUACUCCUGACGCGAAGUUUGGUCGCGGCGCGACGCCAUAAGACCGGCGGUCGAUGGUGCGCCCGAGCUAACGCUAACGGGGGAGAAGCUGAAGAGGGCGAAGAGAGUGCGAUUUUCGGCCGCAAAUGAGGAAGAGACGCGGGAGAAGACAGGAGAAGCCGUCGACAGGUUCGGAUGCAUUCGUGUUCGCGGCUUCUGUUAGUUUCUUCGAGCUGUCGGGAGAAAUUCGCGCUCGUGCGAUCGUCGUAUGGGGAGCGAGCGAGCGAGAAAGCAGCCACCAACCACUCCCUCGUCGUCGUCGUUGUCGUCGUCGUCGUCGUCGUCGUCGUCAUCGCCGUCAUCGCCGCGGAGAAUCGGACGGAUAAGAAUAGGAAGAGGAGGAACGACGUAAAUCAGUGAUCGCCGAGUUCUCGAGAUCGACGCUCCCGGCUCCUUCGAUCUCGAGGAGAGGAAUUGGGCAGGAGCGUGGUUUGUAAACGGACAAUUUGCGACGGUAACGUGCGCGAGCCGAGAGCGAUGAGGGGAGAUCGAGCGUGAGUUUUCCCUGGCCAGUAGCUUUUUUUACCGGAUGUAGGGCGCGUUAGGCACUAGCUAAUUGAAGUCGGGUAACGCGAAAGAGUUAUUAAGCGAUUUUUAUGGUUAGACCAUAUCACAAUAACGGUGUCGCGACGAUCGGCGUGAGUCUCGAGAUCAAGGACAAAGGACGCGAUUCGUCAGAGGAUCGAUCGUCAAAGUCCUCUCUCGUUCUAGCCAGUAAGAAGCGCGAUUGUUACUUUUUAAGACGGACACAAAGAGAGCAAGAAAGAAGGAAGAGAGGGAAGGGAGAAAGAGAGAUACUAUAUGAAGAGACUAUAUCCCCUCGAUAAGUGCAAAAAAGGCGAGAGAGCAUGUACUUGGUAAAUAUUUUCUUCGCCGGGCGAACGCUCAUUUCUUUGCUCAUUCUCGGACACGUACCCUUUCAAUAACUACCGAGUAAUCGACGACACCUAAUAAUUAUAUCGAUAAUUACAUGUAAUUACUCGCGGUGAGUACCACGCCGUCGUUCUUCGAGCGAGAGCUCCUCGCCUCGAUCUGACGAAGGAUAAAGGAAAGUGCGAUCGCCGGUGAGCUGUUCGGUGAGAAGCAGCGGAUGACGAGUGACGAGCGAUGCAUCGCGUACAGAUGAAAGAACAGAGCCCUAAUUUUAGGUGGCACAAUAUGAUAAAUGGGUCGUGUUACUUUCUGCCGUGGAUUAGCCGAGGAUCGAGAAGGUGGAGAAAGAUCGUCAGACGUGGCGAGGAACACGCAGGAAGGAUAACAAUGGUCUUGCGCAAAAGAAAUCUACGCAAAAGAAGUCUUGAGCAAAAGAAAUCUACGCGCGAGACAUGUAAAGUCAUUUUGGAUAAAGAUAGUUACGUCAUCACGGUGAUGAAUUGGAGAUGCCGCGGCUUCUUCUCCUGCCUGAUCUCUCGUGGAUUUUCGCCUUCACCUGGCUCCAAUUCUGAGCGGCACCGAUGUGCGCUAGUGUGCCUCUUCGGGAUCCACGAUUCACCGCACUUUUCUUUAUUCACGCGUCGAGAGUCCGCCGAGAAAUCGCGAUGCGUCCUUCCGCGCGGAAGGCAGAGACGAACGAUCUCUCGAUGCAACGUUUUCGCCUCUUUCCGUAUGUGAUCACCUGACUCUAAGUUCCAGUAAGUUCCAAUUGUUCAAGACGGUUUCUCGGAGGAUCGCGCGCGACACGUCAUAGUGACAGGCGAAUCCGACGGGGUCUUGGUUUCGCAAGAGCGAUCGGUUGGUGGGAUCGCGACGGGAUAUGUGCACGGACGACGUUUCUCCGACGAGCCUCUUCGGCGCGAACGUUAACGUAAGCAAUAAGCAAUAAAGACACACGACAUGUCAUACAGAGGACACGCGCGCACAGACAGGAACACAUACAUAUACACAUGUACGCGGCAGUGGCACGCUCGGGAGGGAGAACGGUGAUAACGAGGAGGAUUUCGCGCGGAUAUAUCGGAGGUAUCGAGCGCGGAAACGUUAAUCCGAAGCAACUCCAUUAAUCAGUUCCGAUUCUCGCGAUUAGUGACGAGGAGGAAGGCCGAACGCGACGUGUAGGAGACGCUAUGAUAUUAUUGUAACUAAUACAGAGUCUAUAUAUUAUAUUAUUGUACAACCAUCUUUGUAAUAAUUAAGUCGUAAUCGAGUGACGAGAGAAGUGUAGAGGGGGGAGGGGGGAAAGACAAACCAAAGAAAAAGUUAGGGAUGGCAGUGAGAAAGAAACGAGCGUGAGUGUAUGUAAGAGGGGAUGCGUGCACGUGUGUGAAAGAUAAAGAGAAAGUGCGAGAAUGAGAGAAAGAAAGAUAGAGAGAGGGUGGGGGAGAGAAAAGAGAGGGGGCAAGAAAAAGAGCGAACCAUAGAAGAAGCCAAUCGCUAUUUUAGCACUUUUUCAAUCGCGUUGUACGUAGUUUCUACGCCGAUUACGAUUUUCGUCGGAUUUCAUUUGAGCAGUCAGCGACGCUGACGAGACCGAUCCUUGAGGAAGGAAACCAAGCUCGACGGACGCGAGGAGGAUGUCCCGACCGGACCGAGUCACUCGUCAUUCGUUCAACGCUUAAUUAAAUAUUUCUACCUCGAUUAUAUAAUACAGUGAUAUUCUUCCAGGAAUUUGGCCGGAGCUCGCGUUAAUCGCGCGCUAUCAUCUUUGCGUCCGCGCCACCGAUCGACCGUCCAUCGUCAGGACGUUAUCCGUCGCGUGCCGUUUUACGUUUUGGCGCUCGCUCAAGGAUCCCUCUUGGCCGGCGCGCUUCGUCGGGCAAAAUAACGUCUCCGUUUCAGGGUUCUCAGAAGAGAAGGAUCGAUCGACUUUUCGUUGUCCUCCCUUAAACGGGUAUUACGCCCGCGGUACGCACCGUACCCGGCGGACAUUGCUCGUCCGUCAGUAACGCACAGCAACCGUGAUUGGCGCGUGCCGCGCGAGUGGCGCGUUCUCAUUUUUUCACCAACAGGUAGGACUACUUAGACUACUUAGGACACUUAGCGGUUAGCACACUUAGAAAAAGCUAUAAUGUACCUACGAGUGCAGCGUAUAUUAGCGUAUACACCGACGAAGUAGAUAAGAUCGAGUCUAGCCGUUAAGACUUCUCUAGCUUCUUAGGGAUAAUAAGCUCAUUGUGACAGCAAUCAGACGACGGUGCCCCGCGGUCGAACCACGACACGGUACAAUCUCCACAAUCCCCGAUCGUCUCCACGAUCGUUCAAUCUCGCGUCCGACGACGCGUUCCGUGAUAACUCUCGAGAUCUCGACGGAGCGACGGAGCGUGCGACCGUCACGCUGAGGAAACGAGACUGUACGAAUUUUCGCGACGCAACAGCGAUUUAACCCGCUCCUUCGAGAAUUUUACGAAAAUCAGGCGAGAUUUAAUGUCGGUCCUCUCGGAAGACGAAUUUUCUCUCGAAGGAGCGAGUCGCGGACCGUCGUGUACUCCCCUCCCGGCCCCCGUUGAUUUGUGGCGGGAAAUAGCGUGCGAAAAAUCGCGGCGUGUUCCGAGCAUCGCUCAAUAGUGGCGAACGAGCGAGACGUAUUAAUUGCGAAGUAUGGAGUCUAAUGGAAUUGUUGUGCGCGGAUGAGUGCGUCGAAUUAGGUUUAUGCACCGAGUGAUGUCCGCGACUAUACAGCCAACCUGCUCUAGAAUAGAUCCCGAUUGUUACUAGCGGUUUGUCGUGCUCGACGAGAAGAAUAAACGUUUAUUUUCCUUCAGACAGUGAAUUGUCAAAACGCGAAUAUUCGCGUUGACCCGAAAUCAUUUAUAUCUCGUGUGUGUUGCGGCGGAUUUCUUAAAUUAUCCCACCUACAUUGUGCCGGAGAAAACAAGACAAAGACGCGCGAGUAUAAACAUAUUUCGAUCGCAUAUAUAUACAUGUUUUGUUUUCAUAUACUUCUGUUUGCUUUCCAUGACUUUCGUUACGCGAAGGCUAUGGAAUGCACGCAAUAAUCAGGUUAACUGGCGCUGGACGCAAAUAAAAACGCGGAAGAAGGAUUCGCGAUACUAAAGAAAGAACGAAAAUGACAAUCCGAACGCUGCUGCGGCGCGUUUCACCUCAUGACUCUUCUCAAUUCUGAUUGUUUACAUUUGAGAUUGAGUAUUGUUUUAGAACAACUCGUUGACGAGCUGCUGCAUUUCGUUAUUCUCCGACGAUUUAAUUCGGCAUAUCACCUCCGUGAAGAAGAAAAUACCUUCAUAGCACAGGAAACGGUGAAAUAUUUCGAUCAUCGGUCGUAAAUAAUCUGUUUUCCUUGGAGGAAUAUUUAUACGUCACACAAUAACGAAAGACGCGAGAUCGUAACCUGUACGAACGAACGCUCGAAUAUUCUAUUAUUUUCGAUUUGCCCGACGCAAACAACGUCGAGGGAUUCGAUAAUUAUCGGAGCAUCCCCAAACAUCGUUACCAACCAACCGCCUCCGCUCGCGCCUGCCGCUUCCACCCUCUCACUAUCUCUCUCUCUCCCUCCCCUCCUCUCUCUCUCUCUCUCUCUCCCUUUUCCUCUCGCGCGCUAUCUGUUCAUCUCUCUUGCCAAACAUUAUGCGCGUCGCUUAAUGAGAUUGAUGCAAUCGUCCGAUGCAUUUAAUCCUGCCAAUUUACAUUGCGUCCUAAUAUCGUGCGCGAGCAUUUCGCUAAUGGAGUCGCUAAUGAGAAACAGAAACAUCCUCUCCGCGUGUUGUUUUCGAUAGAUUAGACAAUCGCCAGCAGAAAAUUGCUAUCGACACUCUCUCUCGUCUCCCGCCCCGAGAAAAUUCACACCUCGUUCAUAUUCCGUGAUUGUUUGAUUUUCAUCCUUCCGCAUGACAAUUGUGCGAUGCUUUGAGAUAUACGAGAAAAAUGUUAUAGUAAAAAUUACAACAGAAUUUUCUUUUUAUAAUCUUGGACUAUAGAAAGACUGUGACUGAAAUUGAUAUAUAUUUACUUAAAAGUAUCACGCGAGUUUAUCUUUUUUUUUAUAAAAUUAUUGUAAUUACUUGAACGUUUUAUUGCAUAAUAUGACUAAAUUUUAUUACAGUAAAGAAGAAAUUUUGCAAUUUUUAUGCAAAUAUUGAAUACAGAAGCAGCAUGUUAUACUACAUUUAUAACGAAAAUUGCAAUACAUGAAUAUUAAAUUAGUAAAUUUUAAGAUACAACUCAUUGGGCUACAAGUAUUAUUUAUAUUUAUAAUUUUUAAUCCCAUAGCACAUAGCCUAAUUUAAAAUAAACAUUGCAAUAUUUAUAUAGUGAUAUUUAUAGCUUCGGAACUGGCGUUAUUGCUGGCUUUCUCAUUAGAUAACUUUAAUAUCUCAUUAGAUGAUAUCUCUCCCUCAAAGUCAAAUUCUAUAAACCAUCCAAUAUUGCCGUAUCUGUAUCGAGAUUUGUAUCAUAAUCGGCCAAGUGUGGAUAGGGGGUGCCGUAUAAAAAAUUAAUACGGUGAUACGCUAUGGCCAUGAUCGACCUGAGUCGGUAUUUUGCCAUCACAUCAAAGAAACGAUACGCGAUAAGAACACAGUCAGUGUGAAUGCUAUUUAUCUCAUAAUCCCGCAUAAAAACAAUGUUCAAUUAAAGAUAUUGGUGUAUUAUGAAUAAAAAAAUAAAAAAGAUAUACACAUCAAAGAUACAAAUACGACAUACAGAUACGAAUUGAAAACUAAAUCUCAUCAUAGUAUCAUAAUACUCUAUCAAUAUCAUGAUCUAAUACGCGAUAUGGUUAGGUUGCAGCCGCACGCCGCUGCAAGGUUACGAUGCAAGUCUGAAUAUAUCUUAAGUACACGUAACCGAUUCAAGAAAUUGAUUAAAUAAUUAUCUACGAUACACACAUGAAGAUCCUCAACAAUUUCUGGUUUUUUCCUUCACUACAAUCUCAACAAAAAUUGAUUGAUUGAAUCAUUUUCAUAUGUAUAUCUGCGCCACGAGAUACAACUGACAAUCUGUGUUGUAGUUAGCAACAUAUCUCUUGAUAUUUGUACAAUAUACUACAACGUUGGUAUGGUUUAGUGCAGUUUUACGAAAAAUAUUGUAAAAAGAAACAUAUUUUUUAAUGUAAUUUUUACUACAUUUUCCUCGUAUACAUAUUAUAGGAAUCUCUAUCGACAUCUUAUCGAUUAUACGAUACGACUGCGAAGUAUAUGGGAUCCAUCCAUCUGACGUGUAGAAAGUCGAUUUAAAAAACUAAAUCUUGAAGAAAAGAAAAAUGUCGAAACGAGCCCUUGCUACUUAUUUUCACCGCCAAAAUCAUUUAAUUUGCGCUUUUGUAUCCUCGGAAAUCGCGUAUUAACGGGGAAAAAUUCGAGUUUCAAGGUGCCCUCGAAAACUUCUCGUUUGAUUGUGUCCCGUUUAACAAGACAAAUUCACGGUUUGUUCCUAACAGCUUGCAUUCGUUCGAAUGCAAGCAACGCUCGACGAAGCUCACCGGUGCACAAUCUCCGGCCGAUAAGACGCGCUUCGCGAAAGCGCGCGCGGUUGAUUUCACCGCAGUGCGGAUGUGGCUUCGAAACCGAUGUGAAUACCGAACCAGGAUUAGAGCACGUUUAACCGUUCGGGCCGGCGCGGCGGGCUGGCGAUUAAUGAUUUUAUGGAAGCCCGUCUAAUGGGAUUAUCGGAUUACUCCCAUGCCGGUACGAGUGUUCGCGCGCGCGCGCGCGGUUUAUUACUCCCUGCGCUGCGGAUUAUACAUUCUCAUUCUUGAGAUCACGAUAUCCUGAUGUUAGCCCUCAAGAUUCCGGAUGCGUUCUUCGAACACAGAGUUGCAGCGAGGUCAAUCUCAUUGACGAAUUUUGGACGACGCGAACGCGACGUCGAAACGUCGACUCGCUGCUCCAACAAAUCGGUCGCACUUUGAAGACAGCGUGAGAAUCUCAAGUGGGUCUUUGUCUUUCUCCCUACUCUUUCUAAGGAGGGGCGAAGUGACACGCGGAAGUACUCGCAAUUUAUAUCGUCAUAAAAAAAUAUUUACGAUUAUAACUGUCCGGUCUCGCGAUAUCACUAAACACGCGACGCUUUAUUUCAUACAGCUUCCGGAAAUGGAUCCGUCGACUUUCCGCGCCCCUGGAUCGAUAGUCCGAUAAAAUUCUGCCCGCCCGGCCGUUCGAAAACAAUCCACGCUUAUUUCCCUUCGUGAAGCUCUUUGUAUAUACCCUUCUAUUCUUGUUGAAAUCGCGCGCAUAUCCGGCCUGCGAAAAGAUGAAAAGAGUGUCGGGGAUAUCCGGCCCGCCGCGAGACGACUCGCAUCGACGUGCAUCGCGUCAACCCUUCGUUAUCAAAAAUGAUCCAUCGUCGAAAGGUCACCGCAAGAGAUGCAGGGAGAGCGAGAGAGAAAGAAAGAGAAAGAAUCUAUAUAAAAACUGAUAAAAUCUAGCCACUGAGCAGCGAACUAUAAAAAAAAAACUUAUAGAUUAAUUACAAUAUUCAUCGUCCCAAUGUGAAAAAAUAUUUCUGUUUAAAAAACUGCAGCCAAACUAAAUUUCCAAAAACCGGACGAAAAUUAACAUGGAUUGCGUGAUUGGUGUUAAAAUUUACUCAUAAACAGAGAAACCAUCGUAGUAAAAAUUACAAUAAUUUUUUUUGUUUUAGUUAUAGUAUAAUUAUAAAAAAAUUACAGAAAAACAUUUUUGCAAAAAAAUAAUUUCAACGUAACUUUUACCACAAUAUUUCCUCUGUGUAUAAAUAUCGCUUCUUGGUUACGUAACAAUGUAUAUCGCGUGAAAUAAGGAAAGAGUUCACUUUAGCGUUUCGGCUGCUCGAUUACAUUACCGCUCGAGAGACAUUCGAAGAUGAUUAGAGCCCGAAAAACGACCUAUUCGCCUCUGAUAUAUAUCGGUCCUGUCCAUGAGGGCACACGCGCCGUCCGCGACUUGAAAACCGUCGUUGUCCGGAGAUUAGAGUGCCUCCGGUGCCAUAUGGGGAAACGGCGAAACUUCCCCCAAUCUGUAGAAGGUAACGACUCCCGCGUGUGUGCGGAUGAGAGCCGCGAUGCGUCUCGAUUACGAGUACAAGGGGGAAGAAAAAUGCGACUCGCUGAUAGCCCGCGUUUUUCACGGCUCAGAUGCCGGAAAGUUCUUAAGCGUCAUUGUGCCGCGGAUUUAACCCUCCGCAGUGGUGGACGCGAGCGGUGGGCGAACUCUUUCCAAUAUCGUGCCAAGAAAAUUCUGAUCCUCGCAUUUGCCGCGUGCCCAGCUCGAAGAAGGUAUUUUAUUAACUCGUCCCGUCACACGCAUGAAUAACGUUAGCUGACGAAUUCGAAACGCGUGAGUAGAGAGUCUCUUAUUUCUCAUUUAUUAGAUGUGUGCGAACGCAUGUGCGCGUUCGAGACGUCGGGAGAUGUACUCUUCCUGUUUCCUUUCUCUUUAUUUUUUUCUAAAAAAUCGCAUCACUACAAGGGAUGUUGUCCUUUCCUUUCCCUCUUCGCGACGUGUCUACCUGACAAACGCGAAAGUCGCCAAGACAAGGCAGAAAUUGAUUAGUUCCCGUUACCGCGCCACUUUCCAAACGCGACGUCACCCUCCAAAGAAACACAACGUCGUCCCCACAGGGAGUCGACAUAAAAAAUACGGUCUCUCCGAACACGCGGAAUAUAGCUGCGCCACGAGACAUUCGCAAACUCGGAACACGCCGUCGCCGCCUCCCUCCCGAAUAGUCGCACCCUCCGUCGUCCUCGAGGACGUUUUCAAUCAAGGGACAAUCAUCCCUCGACGAGCAAUCGAAGUUCUAUCGGAUCACCCCGCCGUUUCGUCCUGCGCGACGAGACACGCGACUAGAUUCGUCCCCCUCCCCUUUUCCUACCACACAUGUCCUUAUUCGAACAACGACAGGAAUAACUUCCGCCACCCUCUCGGCGAUGGCCGCCGAAUGCACGUACGACAAGUGUGAGAGGUCUCGCGGGAGAGGUGUAAUAACAAUAACGCCACCCUGUGUGUAUCUCGAACAAGAUUGACUAAUGCCCCGGCGUAAGUGAUUGGUUCCGAUAUUAAUUCCGAUAUUGGUUCCUUCAUAUUGAUCUCAACAAAUUAUUUCCACCGCGUUCAGAUUUUUAUUAAUGUUUUUGUCAGUGAGAGAAAUGAGAUCUUUUCACUGUUGAUAAUUUAUUUAUUAUUAUUGCUCACUAUUAUUAUUAUUAUUAUUAUUAUUAUUACUUGUUUCUCUGUACUAGUCCCUUUUGCUUUUUUGUAAAUGAGAUGAACACAAGCUCGUUAUAAUUUAUAUGCAUUGUAUUUCUCGUUGAAAUAUAACUUAUUUUAUUUUGGAUGAUUUUUUAUCUCAGAUUUAAUUUACUGAGUGCGUUGUUGUUGCGAGAAAUUAGAAGAGGAAAUACACAUUUUUGAGAUCAGCAUGAGGGACUGAUUCGACAUUAAGAAUCUCGCGCAGGGUGCGCGGUCAGCGCGACCAAAAUAGGUCAUUGGAGUGCGUCAUGCGCGUAUAUCAAGAUUUCGGCAUAUGUAUAUAAAUGUAAUACUUGGUGUGUGCACAUAUUAUGCGGUUGCGUCGAACGACCACGCAUGUUCGACAAGCGCGAGUGUAUAGCGAGCAUGAGAACCGCGGGGUAAUCUGUAAAAGAAAGCGACGUGAACCACCGUCGCUCGGUAUUCCGUUCUCGUACGCUGAAAUCCGGCGAUUGGAUCGAAAUGGAUUAUUCAGUACGAAUAGUUGGGGCGGAAUCGAAAAUCUGCUAUUCUGAUAUUAGCGCGAAAUUUCGACAAUGCGCUGUAACGCGAGGAAGAUCACCAUCGAGAGCGGGUGAUCCUGUUUCGCGGGAAUAAUGCACAGUGAAAUGCGGUGCAACGAUUUAAAAUUUCUCAACGUUUUACGAUAGAGCAAGAAUUGAUAAAAUCAGAAAAGAAAAACACACAUAAUAUAUCGGACAAAUUCUCGGAAAUAUAAAAGUAAAGUAAAUAAAUUUUACAAAUCACGAAUAAAUUUUGCAUACGGGUUCUCAUAUUUCCGUCAUCUUGUUUUCGCGAGCACGGUUUUACGAUACUCCUGUUACUUUAUUCAUCUCCCGUGGACUGCUGUUACGUUUAACCGACUCGGAAUGAUAUAAGGAGAUAAAUGGAGGGUCAGAUCGCCCCCAAUUUUCGCGCUGGAUAAUCUAUCGCAGGCUCGUCAAGAAGUUCCGCCAUUGGCGCGACGAGAGGAAACUGGAUACAUGAUCGCUUCGAAUUUGCAUACUCUCUCGUAGCGUAGACCUCAUUCGCUUACGCCAAUUGUCGAAGUAAAGCGGCGACGAUCGGCAAUCGUUGUCGCAACGCAAGCAGUUUCCCGAGUGAUUUGCUUCUCUCUUCCGAACCAAAUUCAGGUCACAAAUGAGCAACCGGAAGGUCCCUUUCUCUGUGUUUGCUGAAUACAGUUUAUAUCGUAUAUUCAUGGAAAUGUCGAAGCGGCAUUAAUAAUGGAACAAGCGACUUUCCUGCUGACAAACAUAACACAAACGUAAUAAGAAUCCGCUCAAAGGUAUCUGAUACGAUAAUAACGAAUGAUGUAAAAGCCUGUCUAUCUUUACGACUUUAAUAUAAAUCCAAGAUACGAGUACGUUAUGGACGAUCGAUGAGAUUCGCGAAAAAAUUCCGUUUCUUCGUUCCUAAUGAUUUAUAGCGACGAUUUUUCGUUGCAGAGAUAAAAAAACAAUGUCUUGUGUGGAGCCUUAUUAAUCUGCAAUAUCGGAGAGAUUAAACACGAACUAUGAUCUCGAAUGAGCUUACAUUUUCGAGGUAGACACCGUGCGUAUCGAUUUCUAUCGAAUACGGGUACCGAGUCGGCCUUUUCACACGCGCGAACGCGAAACGAGCACGUCGGUGCCAUUUACGGUCUCACAAUUUUCCGCCACCUUGGCUGCCGUUUCUCCUCCGGCUUUAAUCGCUUUGCACGACAUCGUCCCGACAAUACGAAUUGAUGAUCGAAUGUAAAAUCGAUCGUUCACGUUUCGCGUGCCGAAUAUUCGACUCAACCGAGUCCAUUAAGAACGCACAUUACGUACCAUGUCUGACACUUUAAAUCGAGCGGCUCGAUUAUACAUGUAUACGUACAUAUAUAUAUAUAUAUAUAUAUAUCGUAAUCGUACGUAACGAACAAUCACGGAUACGGCAACUCGUUACUGACGAAACAGUCCGCGAAAUGAGGAAAAGUAAUAUUUUAUAUUAUCUCCGCUUACACAAACAGAAAAAAUCUCAGUUCGUGCUUCGUCUCGGUGCACGAACUUUUUUUCAUAUUUAUCCCCACUUUGUAUUUUUAGCUUCCGACGAAUCUUUGGACGAACGUUUAAUCGCGAGUAUCCGUGCGCUAUUCUCAGUGAGCUCAUCUCUUCUACGUGACUACGAUAUUGAUUAAAUAACUAAACAUCGCAUCAGCUAUCAUGAUCCAAUUAUCCUCGAAGCGCGACACUGUUCAACAGCGGCACGGAAAACAAUAUCGAGCGCAGCGUGGAAUGAAGUUUGGCAAUGAGAUUGGCGAAAAAAAAAUACGAUUUAGUAGUUUGUCGUAUGAAUGGUAAAAGCAAUACUGAGUACGUGGACGCGUGCAUGAUAUUACGAUGUAAUAGCGUGUAAAUCGUGAGAAAAGAAGGAUACGUGUGUAAGCUACUUGUGCCUUGUAACAAACUAUAUAUGUAUAUGUAUAUACGCAACACACGAGGGAAGAAAACCGUAAAUAUACAUUAUAUAUAAAUAUAUGGAUACACGCGACAUACAAACACACAAAAACACAUAUACACACAACUAAUCACGCGCACAAAAGAAACAUAAAACAAACGAAUGAGAGACACACUCUUACGAUAAGCUAUUUAAACAAUCGUUGCCGUCUCUUCUGAAACAAAAACCCCCUCUCAGAAUUUCAUUGCAGCGCCCGCAGAGAGAAAGAGAGAGAGAGAGAGAGAGAGAGAGAGAGAGAGAGAGAAACGGAGUAAAUGAUGAGAGAAGAAAAAAGAAAUGAAAAAAAGAAGAUAUGUUGUUGAAUAAAAUAGCAAUAAUCGAAUUUCAGACUGAAUUAUGAUUGAAUAUUAUACCGCAAGUCUUUGUUGUCGCGGCGGCGACGCGCGAGCGUGUUAAUUAUUAUAAAUACUGUUACACAGUGUCUUGCUACAACUGGGGAGAUUAAAAUAAAAUCUCGAAGCUCGA